AUGACGCAACAGAACAUUUCCAAGGUGAUUUACAAGGCCGACCCCAUGUCGACCGAUGAGUACAUUGUACUGGUCAACCCAGAGACCUAUGUGUCUUGGCGCAACGGCGAUAAGACGAUCCCUCUUGCCGAUGUGGUGGAUAGCUUCCAGAUCUUCUCGUCGGGUCAGGGUUCGCAGGGUAUCCUUGGCCAGCUGUCCAAGCAAGAGAUGUCCACUGUCUUUGGAACCACGAACAUGGAUGACGCUAUCGUGAAGCUGCUUGAGACUGGCCACCUCCAGGCUGGUACUUUGAAGAGCAACGAGCUCGGCCGCAGCAGCGCGAAGGGCAACGGCGGUGGACACGUCGGCGGCGGCCGCUAA